UAGAAUAGAAAUCCCUCGGUCACGAGAUUUUGUCACGUCGUUGACUUUAUCCAUCUCGUCAUCUUCGAUUUUUCAAGUGCACUUCUGUUUUCUGGGACGCAGUCUUUGAUUUUUCCAGAUUUUUAUUGGCGUGUGAUACAUGACUCCCCCAGUUUGUAGCGUCUGACCGUCCACCUGCACCACCAUGACUGUGCCCAACGGGAGUCAUCCCGCCAACGGGAACCCCUCCUCUACCCUCCAUAGGGCUGAGGAAGUGAACGAUUUGAUUGGUGCUGUCCGAGGUCUCAUCGUCCCUUUCAUCCAGGCCGCCGAUGACGCCGCAUCAGAGCGGGCCACUGGCAAUAUGGUCCCCGACAAGACCGGCCGUGUGAACAAUGUCCUCGUUGACUUCAAUAAGCCGCAGGAGUUGGCUGCGAAAAUGAAGUUCUCUCUACCCAAUCAGGGACAGGGCAAGGAGGGUCUCCUAGAGGUCAUUCAGCAGGUUCUCCAGUACAGUGUCAACACUUGGGACCAGGGGUUCCUGGAUAAGCUCUAUGCAAGCACAAAUGCCGUCGGUGUUGUGUCAGAUAUGGUUCUUUCCGUGCUAAACACCAAUUUGCACGUGUUCCAAGUUUCGCCUGCUUUGACCAUAGUUGAGAAAGCUACUGCCAAGACACUUGCACAUCUGUUCGGUUUCACGGGGCCCCGUGCAGGCGGUGUUACCUGUCAGGGCGGAAGCUCGUCCAACCUGACUUCGAUGGUUAUCGCUCGCAACACCUUGUACCCUGAGUGCAGGACUGCAGGAAACAAGCAUGACUUUGUUGUCUUUACAAGUGCACAUGGUCAUUACUCUGUUGAAAAGAGUGCUAUGAUAUGCGGACUGGGCUCCGACAGCGUCUGGCCCGUUGCUGUUGAUGAGUAUGGAUGUAUGAAGCCCGAUGCGCUACGAGAGUCGGUCGUCCGUGCCAAGGCUGAAGGCAAGACCCCAUUUUAUGUCAACUCAACUGCUGGUACGACUGUCAUGGGAUCAUAUGAGCCAUUCGAGGAGAUCUCUAAGAUCUGCAAAGAGUUUGGAUUGUGGAUGCACAUUGACGCCAGCUGGGGAGGUCCCGCUAUCUUCUCGGCUAAGCAGCAGUGGAAGCUGAAGGGUUCCCAUCUCGCCAACUCGCUGACUGUCAACCCACACAAGAUGAUGAACAUUCCGGUCACCUGCUCGUUCCUUCUCGGGCCUGACCUGAACGCCUUUAACAAGGCUAACAGCACUGCUGCUGGAUACCUCUUCCAUACCAACGAGGGCGAUGACUUCUUCGAUCUUGCGGAUCUGACGCUGCAGUGCGGCCGGCGUGGCGACAGCUUGAAGCUUGCACUUGCGUGGAUCUACUACGGAGCCGCUGGCUUCGAGAAGCAAAUCAACCAUGCCUUUGACCAGGCUGCCUACCUCGCCAGCCUCGUCAAGCAGAGCGACAACUUUGUGCUUGUGUCUCAAGAUCCUCCGCCAUGCUUGCAGGUAUGCUUCUACUAUGCUCCCGGUGGAGACUUGUCCGAAGACAAGGAGACGAACACGCUGCGGACCAAGACGAUGGUUGAGAAGAUGAUUCUCAGGGGCUACAUGGUCGACUACGCGCCUGGGCCCAAGGGUAGCUUUUUCCGCGUCGUUGUCAAUUGCCAGACUCUCAAGGGAACGGUCGAGGGGUUGGUCAAGGGGCUCGAGGAGGUCGGAACAGAGGGAUUCUAGAUUAGACUACACCGAGAUGACUAGACUUCUUACACAUGUUACUGAAAAUGGCUGGGAUCAAAGGAUUAGAUUGAAACUUAGAUAUACGAUGAGAAAAGGAGGGUCUGUUCGUGUCGAGGAUAGACUGGCUUGUUGGCCUCGCCCUCGAUGGAGUCCGAUAGGAAGCUGACACUGGAGAGGUUGAGAGUUGCGAAACCCAUGGCUCAUGAUUAGAUCUAGACCCGAGAGGGCAAUUAUCUAGACGUAGAAUAAAGUAUGUUCGGACAA